UCCCUAGAAAUCCAACUUCUUACAUAUAAUUUCUCUCGUCUCUUGCAAUGGGAAGUGGGUUCCCUAGGUCUUGUUGGAUCAUCCUGUCUUGGAUUCUCAUCUUAUGCAUUCACCAGGUCCGGCUCAGUGAACCACAAGCGGCCGGUGGCUGCGAUUAUUUCCGAGGGACUUGGGUUUUCGAUCAAACCUACCCUCUUUACAACACCUCUGAUUGUCCGUUCAUCGAAAAAGAAUUCGACUGCCAAGCCAACGGUCGACCCGAUCAACUCUAUCUCCGAUACAGAUGGAAGCCAAGUGUUUGUAUGCUGCCAAGAUUUAAUGCUGAGGAAUUCUUUAGAAAGUUGAAGGGGAAGAAAAUCAUGUUCAUAGGGGACUCACUAAGCUUGAAUCAAUGGCAGUCUCUCACGUGCAUGUUGCAUUCUUCUUUGCCACAAUCAAACUACACUAUUCAUAGAGAAGGCCAACUUUCCACCUUUUAUUUACCGGAGUAUGAAGUUUCAUUGAUGCUAUCACGCAAUGCGUUUCUUGUUGAUAUUGUGGAAGAAAAGAUGGGCACCGUUUUGAAGCUUGAUUCCAUUAAAAACGGCGAAUCAUGGAAAGGAUACGAUUUCCUCAUCUUCAACACUUGGCAUUGGUGGCUCCACAAAGGAAGAAAACAACCGUGGGAUUUCAUUGAGUCAAGAGGAAAAGUGAUGAAAGAUAUGGACCGUAUGGUUGCAUAUAGAGAGGGGCUAACAACAUGGUCGAAAUGGGUGGAUUCCAAUGUUAACACUACAACUACCCAAGUAUUUUUCCAAGGCAUUUCUCCAACUCAUUUCAAUGGCGAGGAAUGGAACGGGACCAAAUCAUUAACUUGCAAAGGUCAGAUCAGACCGGCUACCGAUUCAACAUAUGAAGGCGGUCCGCCGACGGCAGUAACGAUCAUAAACGAAAUGUUGAAAAACAUGUCGACACCAGUUGUUUUGCUCGACAUAACGAGACUAUCGCAGCUGAGGAAAGACGGCCACCCCUCAAUUUAUAGUGGUCUUAUGGGAAAUGAUUGUAGCCAUUGGUGCCUAGCUGGUGUUCCUGAUACAUGGAAUCAAAUUUUAUAUGCAAUUCUUACAUAUAGAGGAACUUAGCUUAUGAUUGUUCUGAUUUUUUUUU